AAGUUAGAUAUGAUGUAAGUAGCUAUCCAUAGGCGGGCAUAGAGAAUCUCAAUCUCAGAGUCAAAGUAGACAAACUUUCGCUGGCAAAGAACGAUUGAUUCCACCACUAAAAUGGCUUCUGCAUCUAAACGAUCAAAAUUGGGAGAGGAUCCAGCUGUCUCUAAUUUCAGAGAAUACCUGCGCUUCAAGACAGUCGAGCCGAAUCCUGAUUAUACUGGUGCUAAUGCUUUCCUGAAGCGCAUGGGAGAUGAGCUUGGCCUACCAGUACGGUUUAUAGAGGUUCAUCCCGGCAAGAUAGUGGUUGUCAUUACAUGGGAAGGUACACAUCCUUAUCUUAAAAGCAUAAUUCUAAACUCCCACAUAGAUGUUGUUCCAGUCUUCCCAGAACAUUGGGAUUGUGAUCCAUUUGAGGCAAAGAAAAUGGAGAAUGGAGACAUCUAUGCUAGGGGAUCUCAGGACAUGAAAUGUGUUGGCAUUCAGUACAUUGAAGCUAUUCGUAGACUCAUAAGCGAUGGGAAGCGGAUGAUGCGAACCAUACAUAUGACCUUUGUGCCAGAUGAAGAAAUUGGUGGAGACCUAGGGAUGGGAAAGUUCACAAAGACUGAAGAUUUCAGGAACCUCAAUGUUGGAUUUGGGCUUGACGAAGGGCUUGCCAACCCAACAGAAAAAUUCAGUCUCUAUCAUGGAGAACGGGCAGUUUGGUGGGUUGAAGUAAACUGUGUUGGACAGCCUGGCCAUGGAUCUCAGUUCAUACAGGAUACUGCUGCUGUCAAAUUACAAAAAGUUUUGACUGCAUUCUUGAAUUAUCGAGAUCAAGAAGAAGCUAGAGCAAAGAAGAGCGGUAAAUUAGGGGAUGUCAACACUCCCAACUUGACCUAUUUAUCGGGAGGGGUUGCUAAAAAUGUUGUUCCUAGUAACCUGACACUUCUCUUUGAUCUACGUGUCUCACCAGACACAACUCCAGAGGAUAUGGUGAAGAAACUAGAUGAACUUGUAGCAAUGGGCGGGUCUGGUGUGUCUUAUAAACUACUGAGGAAAGAUAUCAGCUAUACAACCCCUUUGGGUGAUGAUAACGCCUGGUGGAAAACAUUCAAGAAAGCAUGUGAGAAAGAGAAGGUGGAUCUGCAUAUUGAGAUAUUUCCAGCUGGGACAGAUAGCAAGUACCUCCGAGCCUUGGGUAUACCUUGCUUUGGUUUCUCACCAAUGAAUAACACUCCAAUCUUACUCCAUGAUCACAACGAAUACCUCAAUGAAGACAUCUUUCUCCAUGGAAUCUCAAUUUACGAGACCAUCAUCACAGAUAUUGCCAAUGUGCCCGAUGCGUGACAUCGAGGGUAUAAGUCAACAAUGUCUUGCUCUAGAUCUUGAAGGGUGAUAAGUUUUAUUUCUAAGCUCUCUGUCUGGAUUAUAUUUGAUGAUUAUUAAGGGACGACUCAGGCCACCUACCACCAUAAAAUAAAAGGUUGUGCUUGUAAGUAAUUUCUUGUGCAAAUGCUUAAAUCACAAUAAAUUGUGAUUUCCUGAAAUGAAAAAACCUCAGGCUUAGAAAGGAAGGUCUUCCACCCAUCCUAUUGUUUUAAAAGUAGGUAGAUGAUAUGGUUAAUAUGUAAUGUUAACAGAAAAUGUGAGGAAGAGUAUGCAGAUGAUGCAAUACAUGCAUUUUAAGAUCUUGGUUAAUAUUCAUUUUAUGUCUUUAAACCAGUUUACUACCUUCAUUGUAUGGACUCCCUAUCACUGCACCAUGAUUUUUAUUUCACAACUUUGUAACUCCCAAAAUUGUGUUGAUUAUCUUCAUAUUAUUAAAUGUAUGAUCCUGUGUACUACAUGUGUAUGUAAUCCUGUGUUUAAACUAUGAGUUAAUGUGUAUGAACUGAAAGUUUUCAAGUAGGCAUUGAUCUCGAGAACCAAAGUUUGCUUGUGGGAAGAGGCCAUGGACACUUUGAUUCAACUGUAGCCUGAUCACAAAAGGAUCUAAUGUCAGCUAAGAUUAGGGUUAAAAUUAAAGCUUGUGAUAGUCAAUUUUCCAGUCACUUUCAUUCCAGUUGGAGGAAACAUGUUUUAAUGAUCAGGUAAAUGUCAUUACUUCUUUCUGUUUGGAUCAUUUACCAUGUGCCUAGGGUUUGUGGGCAUUAGUCCACUAUGUAGGGACCAGUUUUUUUAGUGAUGUUAUACAAUCGUUAUGAAAGAAUGGACAAAGCUAAUCAUUUUAUCACUAUGCUGUGCCUAUCCAACCCUUGACGAAAACAGAUUUGGCAAAUAACAAGUCUACUAUAUGUCUACUGACAUGUUUUCAUCUUACCCUUCUGAAGUCCUUGUAAACGCGAUAACUUUAGUUUAACUUAACCUAGUCUCAUAUAAUUUGGUGUGUAUGAUACUAACAUGGAUCCCAGGAAGCCUAUUGAUUUUGAGGUUAAAAAAGGUCAAAGGUCACGGACACAGUGAUAUGUUUUCAUCUUACCCUUCAGCAGUUCUUGUAAAAGCGAUAACUUCAGUUUAACUUAACCUAGGCUCAUAUAAUUUGGUGUGUAUGAUACUAGCAUAGAUCCCAGGAAGCCUCUUGAUUUUGAGGUCAAAAGGUCAAAGGUCACACUGACAUGUUUUCAUCUUACCCUUCUGAAGUCCUUGUUAACAUGAUAACUUUAGUUGUACUUAACCUAGGCUCAUAUGAUUUGGUGUGUAUGAUACUAUUAUAGAUCCCAGGAAUUCUAUUGAUUUUGAGGUCAGAAGAUCAAAGCUGAAGUCGCCACCUUCCACUUUAUUUGCUUGACCAAUAAAUCCAUUUUCCGCGCAUGAGCGGGCAUAUUAUGUGCUUGCCUUAGCGACACUCUUAUGAAUAUUUUACGCAUGUUUUGAACUUGUUUUACAGCCUAUUCAAAUUAUAUAUUUGAUUUUUGUUAAACUGCUGGAUCAGAAUAACUUUCAUUUUAGUGCUACAUAUAAAUACCACAUGGUAAUAUACUUUUAUUGAUUAUUAUGCUCUCAUUGAAAUCUUAGUCUGGUUCUAUAAAACAAGAUGGAGACUAAAACGUUCAAUUGCAAACUAAUGAAAUUUGUUUGGCUGAGAGUGAAUUCUCUAUUUUUUUAUUGAUAACAAUCUUGAUAUACCAGGUUAAAAUUCACUAUUUUUUGCUUUCAAAAUGCUUUGUUAUAUUUCUUCAUCAUCAGAGUGUAGCAUUUGUAUUUUGUAUAUGUUGAAGACACAAAUGAAAGUAUCAAUAUAUUGACUGAAAUAAUGUUUGUUUAAAUUUUCUGUAUUACAAACUUUUUUCCAGAGAUGUUCUGAUGAUAUAAAUAAUGAUUAAAAACCGAUGCAUAAAUGUAGCACAAAUUCAAUUAAAUUGUUUAAGUUGAUGCAGGUUUGUUUUCAACAUGGUAAUGAUACUAUAAUAGAUUCUUACUGAUUAUAUUAAUGAAUGUAUGGAAUAAACAUUUUUACUUGAUUUUGAAAAGAAAGUGUCAAUUUUCUUUUUGGUGGGAGCUAUUACAUUUUUCCUUGUUUUUAGUGUAUUCCAAUUAAACCUCAAUAGUUAUUGAAAUA